AUGAGGUCAAGGGUUUCUAACUGGGCCACGGUCCUCUUAUUGCCGCUGCUGUUACUCUCCCACGUGUGCAUCACACCGGUGGCGGCCCAAGAUACGUCGGCUGAAGACACCGCCGUCGUCCUGCAGCUGCUCAAGACUUUACCUUCUUGCGCUCUGGCUUGCAGCUCUUCUUACCCCCCGGAUUGCCCAGCCACUCGUAAAGCCUGUCUCUGUGCCCCCCAGACGGGCAAGACCCUCGACUGUAUCUUUAGCUCUUGCACGGGUUGGGACGUUAUUUUAUCAAGACGCGCCACGAGCGUUGCAUGCGACGAGCCCUUUCCUCAAGAUGGUCGAAUUCUCCGAAAGAUCGCAUGGGCCUGCACGGGAGUGGGCACCCUAGCCGUGCUCGUGAGGUUCGGCGGUCGCCUCGCCACGGCCAUGCGCAGCAACUCCAUGGCCGCCUCUUCCGCCAACACGCGCGGCUUCCGUGGAUUAUGGUGGGAUGACGCCCUCCUCUUCAUCACCUUUAUUUUCAUGGUCGGCAUCAUGGCCAUGUCCGAGGUUGCCCUCCGCCACGGCUUCGGCGACGGGCCCUGGGUCUCGGGCCCCUCCGACCUCAACCUCCAGGGCCUGCUGGUCUUUAUCGGCGAGCCCAUCUACUUUGCGACGUCUGCGGCGCUCAAGGCUUCGUUCUUGUUUCUCUUUGCGCGCAUCUUCGCCGUGGGCAGCAGCGGCACGCUGCAACAGCGCUGGGGCCUGCCGCUCGGCGGUCCUUCUUCUCCGCUCCGGGACCGCUGGACGCUGGCAGGCGUGCUCCUGUGGGCGCACAUCGUCAACGUGGUCGUGGCCGUGACUUUUACCCUGGUAGUCUGCUUCCAGUGCCAGCCCCUCGACUACUUUUGGAAGGGCUGGGACGGCAUCACCCCCGGCACUUGCAUCAACCGCAAGGCCGUGCCCCUGGCCCACGGCGUGGUUAGCAUCAUGCUCGACAUCUGGAUCUUGAUCAUCCCGCUGUGUCUGCUGCCCGCGCUCCGCGUUUCCUUUUGGACAAAGAUCGGCAUCGCCAGCAUGUUUUGCGUUGGAACUCUCACCACGGUAGUCAGCGCCAUCCGCUGCGUCCCCGUCAGCCGCGACAUCAACAGCAGCUACUCCCUGACCUGGAACCAGGCCGAGGUCCUCAACUGGACGCAGAUCGAGCUCGUCACCGGCAUCGUGUGCGCCUGCAUGCCCGGCCACGGCGCCCUCGUUGCGCGGCUCGUGCGCCGCACCAAGCGGCUCUUUGGCAUCAGCACCACGACGGGCGCCAGCACCAACCGAUCCAAGUCCGGCGGCGUGCGCACCUUUGGAUCCACGGGGCCCAGGUCCUUUUACUCGGCGUCGGCGGUGCGCAACGGCACCGUCACCACCACCAAGGGGGCGCCUUCGAGCGUCACCGGAAGCCAGCACCAGGGGAUAGAAGUCACGACCGAGAUUGCCGUCUCCAAGGAGCAGCCGUGGGGCUCGACGGUGGAGUUGAGGAAUAUUGGGUCCGGGAGCUCGGACGAUUACCAUCAGAAUCUUCCCGGUUGGGAAAAGAGAUGA